AUGGACCCAAGUGAUAUCAAGGGCCUAGCCCCUCGUUUGCCUAUUUCUAAAUGCAAGAGGAUAGCCAAGACUGAUCCUGAUUACAUUAUUCAAACACAGUCGGCGUACAUUGCCACGGCUUUUGCAACGGAGCUAUUUGUCCAGGCAUUCAGCGAGGAAGCUAUAGCAAUGGCUCAGUUGGAAAGUAAGAAGCCAGUCAAUCGAAAACAAGUGCGUCUUACCUACAGUGACUUAGCCCGUGUAGUUGCAAGAGUGGGCAAAUUUAACUUCCUUAGCGAUGUGGUUCCGGAAACCAAAGUGCUCUCAGAUCUAGUAAGGUUGAAUAAAGUAAGAUAUUCUACACCUGCUCCACGGUCUGUGGCAGCUGACCAGGCCGUUCUUCCUUUCAAGAAACGGGAAGGAGCUGCUGAUGCGGUCUAUGAAGAUGCCGGCGACGAGGCGUACAACGGCGAAGAGGAAGAAGAUGAAAUAGAGAGCGAGGAGGAGGUUGAAGACAUGCAGCUCCAGCGAGACAUGGAGGAGGUUGCUAGGAUGAAUAGGAUUGUAGAUAUCGACAGCGACGAGAGCAGCGAUGAAGAACGCGGAAACUUUCCGCAAGAAGAACAAGACGAGGAAUAG